AUGAGUAGCAAACUAUCAAGCACCCCUCACGAACCGGAGGACGAUGCAUGCGAAUGCUCAGUAUGCGUAACAAUACGGGAGGAGUCUGGCUGCACCCACCCCAUAUCGUGCAUGAAGAGAGCCACCAGGAUCCUGGACACGCUGUCGCCCAGAUGGGAUCCGAGAGGGACCCUGCUGGAGGACUACGAAGACAAUGAGUCAGAUGAAGACCAAAUGGAGAACGGAGAAAUUGACCUGAAGAACAAGGUCACCACGCACGGAACAAUCAGCGAGAUCUUCCGGAUCUUC